AUGUGAACUCUCAAUCCCCUUUGUUCAAAGAAAAUAAUACAAAAAGAUGGUGAAAGGUUUGAAGCUAAAAUUCUGCCGAGUGAUCACAUCCUUCAAUUCUUGCCGCUCCAAAGACCCAGCGUAUCUUCCAUUUCAUCCUGUCCCUUCAUUUCUCAAACUCUCUCCGGUCGAACAUCAUCUCCCACCUCCACAACCACCCUCCAUCAAACGCCAUAUAUCUUCGACUUUCACUUCAAUUAGCUGCCGGUUCCGAUCAUCGGAAUCGCCACCGUCUUCACCACCUUCUCCACCUCCUCCCGAGUUCCAAUGGAAACAAGAAAAGAAAUGGCAUGUUGUAGCCAAAAUCUUGGAUCAGGAUAAUUACACUACUCCUCAUCGGAAAAGUUUGCUUCCUCCACCUCCACCAACAAACACGGCGGAGAAGAAAAAACAAAGGAUUAGAAGGGAAAAGAACGUGUCGCCAAGGGUACUUCUCCGUCUCAGCAAUUCUUCAUCUGACGGCGAUGAUCAAAACAGAAGCUUCUCGACAGAUUACAAGAAUAAAUAUGAUUGCAAGGAGAAAAAGAAGAAGGUUAAAAGGGGAAAACGGUAUGUUUCAAGGAAUAUGAAAAAUGAUGGUGAUGAUGAGUCAUUGUCGUCGUCAUCGCCGGCGAGAUUGUCGAGGUUUCAGUGGCUGAUACCAUGCACGGUGGAGGGAAAGGUAAAGGAGAGCUUUGCGGUGGUGAAGAAAUCAGAGGAGCCAUACGAAGAUUUUAAGAGGUCAAUGAUGGAGAUGAUAAUGGAGAAACAGAUGUUUGAAGCGAAGGAUCUGGAACAACUUCUGCAGUGUUUCUUGUCUUUGAAUUCUGGGGAUCAUCAUGGGAUUAUUGUUCAGGCUUUCUGUGAAAUUUGGGAGGCUUUGUUUUGUAAUUAAUAUUUAAUUAUGCAUGUUUAAGAACAAUUCUAGGGUUAAAUA